ACCGCUCAUCUCUCUUUCCACAAUGAUUCAGUCGGGACUGAUAGAAAGCGCACAUAAUGACUUGGUGACAGACGCGUCAUACGACUUCUAUGGACUGCGAUUGGCGACGUGCAGCCUCGACCAAAGGAUCAAGAUAUGGAGACUGGACGAGACCACUGGAACCUGGGAUGCUGAUGAUGACUGGAAGGCACACGAUGCUGCGGUGUCGAAGGUCCACUGGGCUCAUCCAGAAUUCGGCUCGAUAGUAGCCUCUUCUUCCUUCGACCGCACCGUCAAAGUAUGGGAGGAGACAUCUGUUGAGGCCGACCCGCAGCCUAAUGGAAGUGGGCCUUCGUCGGCGACUUCACGUUGGGUUGAGCGGGCGACGCUGGUAGACGCAAAAGGAACAGUACGAGCUGUUGAGUUUGCGCCGCGCCAUUUCGGUCUAAAGCUCGCCUCCAUAGCAUCUGACAAUUACCUCCGAAUCUACGAAUGCCUCGAACAACCCUCGCUCACGACCUGGCAGCUCUCCGAAGAAAUCGAUGUUCAUGCUAUCCCCUCAUCAACGCCCCCUCCCACGUCCUUGUCACACACAUUGGCCCAGUCUACCCCCACACAAACGCACUCGUCCCUCGAGGGUCCCAACGCGAGCCUCGUAGCCACUGCUCUGCAGCAAUCUCAGCCCCCCUCGCGCCCGGGCAUGGGCAACCGCGAAGCCGACGGCGGUUGGUGUAUAUCCUGGUGUAAAGACAAGUACUGGGGCGAGCUGAUCGCUGCGGGUGCGGGUGUGAGUGGCGUGGUGAAGAUUAUUCAAAUAUCGCCGACACGGCGUCCGGUAGCUCUCCUUGCACUGGACCCAUACGCAUCAGAACGGUCGGGCGCGUCGUCGGAGGCGGAAGGUCCAACGGCCUACGCCGUGACCUCUGUUUCGUGGGCGCCCUCGUGCGGUCGCUCGUAUCACUUGAUCGCGACCGGCAGUCGUGACGGUCGGGUGCGAAUAUGGAAGGUGAAGCCCCCUGCGCAGACGAUAGAUAUCAGCAUGGGUACGGAUGAUGAUGAGGAGAGGUGGAGUGCUCAUAUCGUUGCAGAUUUUGACGACCAUAAGCUCGCCGUCGGGAGGGUGGAGUGGAAUAUUACCGGAACCGUCCUGUCGUCAGCUGGAAAUGACGGACGCGUUCGACUAUGGAAAGCUACUGUGGGCAACGUAUGGAGGGCCGCUGGACAUCUCAGCGUGGAGCAAGCUGAAGAGUCUCGUGCAGAUGUUGAGAUGGACAACGCCGUAGCAGACUAGCGUCACAUAGCCUGUACCCACUUCCAGUCGAC